AUGGCAGACAUCAGUCCCAAGAAUGAAGCCCUUGAGGCUCAGGGUUCACCAAGAUUGGAUGAGAAGCCAGGUUCCAGUGAAGUCACCACCGAAAAUGAAAAGUCAUGGGCCACUCGCAAUGGACUCACCCUCGAGUCCUUUACCGCUCACGAGGAUCAUGGCAAGGGAUCGGUAGAACUUGAGCGACGGAUGAAGCCUCGCCAUCUCAACAUGAUUGCCAUUGGUGGCAGUAUUGGUGCUGGUUUCUUCGUCGGUAGUGGAGCUGCCUUGCAAACAGGUGGUCCCGGCUCUGUCCUUAUCGGUUUCCUUAUCAUGGGUGUCAUGAUGUUCAACGUCGUCUAUGCCCUUGGUGAGCUUGCUGUCAUGUAUCCCGUGUCUGGUGGUUUCUACACGUACGCCAACCGAUUCGUUGAUCCUUCCUGGGGUUUUGCCAUGGGUUGGAACUAUGUCAUGCAAUGGGCCUUCGUCUUGCCUCUGGAGUUGACAGUCUUCCUCGUCGUCAUCAUCCUCAUCAACGUCUUUGGUACUCUUGGAUACGCCGAAGAAGAGUUCUGGGCUUCGCUUCUCAAGCUUUCGGCAACUCUCAUUUUCAUGAUUGUUGCUAUUGUCCUUGUCUGUGGUGGUGGACCUUCUGACGGUCUGUAUCACGAAUACUGGGGCGCCCGACUCUGGUAUGACCCAGGUGCCUUCCAGCACGGCUUCCGAGGAUUCUGUGGUGUCUUUGUCACUGCUGCCUUCUCCUUCAGCGGUACCGAACUCGUUGGUCUUGCUGCCGCUGAAGCCAAGAACCCCGCCAAGGCCCUCCCUGGCGCCAUUAAGCAGGUCUUCUGGCGAAUCACCCUCUUCUACGUCGUCGGUCUUCUCCUGGUUGGUCUUCUUGUCGACUCAACCGACAAGCGACUGUUGAACGCUGGCAGCGAUGACCCCAGUGCCUCUCCCUUUGUUAUCGCCGUCGCCAACGCCGGUCUCAAGGGUUACGACUCGUUCAUGAACGUCAUCAUCUUGGUUUCCGUCCUAUCCAUCGGUGUUUCAUGUGUGUACGGUGGUAGCCGAACUCUUGUCGCUCUUGCCCAGCAAGGUUUCGCUCCCAAGUUCUUCGCAUACAUCGACAAGUCGGGUCGUCCUCUCCCUUCCGUCGCCUUGAUCAUCUUGAUGGGCUUCUUGGGUUAUCUCAGUGUCGACGGAAACGGAGGCACCGUCUUCACCUGGCUUCAGGCUCUUUCCGGUCUCGCUGCGUUGUUCACCUGGGGCUCCAUCUGUCUCUGCCACAUUCGAUUCCGACAUGCCUGGAAGUAUCACGGCCACUCUCUUGACGAGAUUCCCUUCAAGGCUAUCUUUGGUGUUUGGGGCUCCUACAUUGGCCUGGGCCUCAACAUCAUCGUUCUGAUUGCCCAGUUCUACACUGCUAUCACCAACCUUGACGGAUCCGUUGGUGAUGCUGAGUCUUUCUUCGAGUCCUACCUGGCCUUCCCUGUUGUCAUUCUCUUUUAUGUCGGUGGAUACAUCUGGAAGAGGCAGGGUUGGUUGAAGCUCAGCGAGAUUGACCUCGACACGGGUCUUCGUGAGCAUGAUUGGGACAGCAUCAACGCUUACCGUCGUGAGAUGGCUGCGGCGCCCGCCUGGAAACGUGUGCUUCACGCCAUGUUCUAA